AAUACCAGCUAGGAUUCCUUUUCACAAAAUCAAGUCCGAUAUUUCAAAUCAGGCAGUAAAAUAAUAUCUACUCUCAAUCAUAAUCUGAAUCCCGUCUCAUCGUUUUGAUUUCUUUGCGCUAUCCAAUUGUAUCCAAAAGUUUUUCACUCUGCAGAUACGAUUUGUAUUUUUCUCCGAGUCACUUUUUAAUCUACGUGUAUUUAUUUUUUCUCAUUAAGGACAUUUUCUAUAGUUUCGAGGUUUGUUAGAAUAUAGCGAGCGAGCAUCGCCAUCAUCAUUGGAGGGGUAAAAGCGCCGUUUUAUGGAUAUUGGAGUACGCAGGCAAAAGUUCGAUUUCAGACAUUCCGUUACCCUGUCUGACAGGAAAAAAAUGAAAUCUGCUGAAGAGGAAGCAUACAGCCACACCCCCAACGUCAGUCUCUCCCAGGGCAACCCCUGCAUGCCUUCCCAAUACCACAGUCUCCAGUCUGGCCCCACCAUCUCAGUCUCCAUCAGCCAGCCUCCCAGCUACGGCGCCCACAACAACAUGAGGACAGUGGGUUACUACUCCUCCCCUAGCAUCCGUCCAAAUGGAGCGCCAGCCCUCGAGAGCCCUCGUAUUGAGAUCACAGCCUACGGGCAGUUUCCUGAGGACAAAGUUGAAGAGAGCAACAACCUUACUGUGGCUAAACGGGUCAACUCCGUCGUGACCCUGACGUUGCCCAAUGCAGAUGGCUACCGUGACCCCAGCUGCCUCAGCCCGGCCAGCAGUGUGUCGUCACGCAGCUGUCACUCCGAGGCCUCGUCCUAUGAGUCGGGUUUCUCCUACAACUACGAAAACUCACCCCAAAACUCGCCCUGGCAGUCGCCCUGCGUCUCACCCAGUGGCUCCUCCUCUCUCGCCCUUCCGGGUGAUGCUUGCGCCAAUGCGGUCCCCCGGCACUCCCCCUCCACCUCCCCCAGCACCAGUGUCACGGACGACAGCUGGAUGGGCCAGCGGGGCUCCAGGCCCAACUCCCCUAGUGGUGGAAAGAGGAAAUACAGCUUCAACAGAACCACAACCUCCAAGCCCCCCUACUCCCCUAACCACUCCCCCGGGCCGUCCCCUCACACCUCCCCACGCCUCUGCGUCACAGGUGAGUCCUGGAUGCCUAACAACACCAACCAGUACACCAACUCAGCCAUAGUUGCAGCCAUCAACGCUCUGACCACAGACGGUGUGGCAGACCUGGGGGAGGGCAUCCCUCUGAAGUCCCGGAAGACCAGCCUGGAGCCUCGGGCAGUCUGCCUGAAGGUAGAGCCUGGAGGAGAGGAGCUCAGCCCUGGGGAGCUCGGUCAGGAUGAGUACCCCUUCUCCCGCAUGCCCUUUAAGAAGGAGAACUACUGUGGGGGAUUCCUGGAUGUGCCACAGCACCCAUACUCAUGGUCCAAGCCAAAGCAAUAUGUCAGCCCAUCUCUACCAGCCCUUGACUGGCAGCUGCCGUCCAGCUCGGGGCCGUACAGCCUACAGAUCGAGGUGCAGCCCAAAUCUCACCACCGGGCCCACUAUGAGACCGAAGGGAGCAGAGGGGCAGUCAAGGCUCUGGCAGGAGGACACCCUGUGGUGCAGCUCCAAGGCUACAUGGAGAGUGAGCCCCUGACCCUGCAGCUGUUCAUUGGUACGGCAGAUGACCGUCUCCUGCGGCCCCAUGCCUUCUACCAGGUCCACCGCAUCACCGGCAAGACCGUCUCCACCCCCAGCCAUGAGGUCCUGCAGUCCAACACCAAGGUGCUGGAGAUUCCACUGCUGCCCGAGAACAAAAUGCGCGCCAUAAUUGACUGCGCUGGCAUCCUGAAACUCCGCAACUCGGAUAUCGAGCUGAGGAAGGGCGAGACGGACAUCGGGCGUAAGAACACACGUGUGAGGAUGGUGUUCCGGGUUCACAUCAACCAGCCCACAGGAAGGACAUUGUCCUUGCAGGCUGCAUCCAACCCCAUAGAGUGCUCCCAGAGAUCAGCCCAGGAGCUGCCCUUGGUGGAUAAGCAGACCUUGGAGACGUGCCCUGCUGCUGGGGGAGAGAGGAUGCUCCUCAGCGGACACAACUUCCAGCACGACUCCAAGGUGGUGUUCGUGGAGAAAGCCCAAGAUGGCCAUCACCUAUGGGAGACAGAGGCCAAGGUUGACAAGGACUCCUGCAAGUCUACGUCUCUUCUCAUUGAAAUCCCUCCUUAUCGGAACCAGAGGAUAUCCAAUCCUGUUCAGGUGAACUUCUAUGUGUGCAAUGGCAAGAGGAAAAGGAGCCAAUACCAGCACUUCACCUACAUGUCUGCCAAUGUUCCAAUUAUAAAAAUGGAGCCGAAUGAUGACUACGACCCCCCUCAGGUGUGUCCCCAGCGUGGCCCUGGCCUGGCGCUUCGCCCCAAGCCCUACUACACCCCACAGGUCAUGACCUCCAUUAUACCCACAGAACUCCGGCCAUGUGUGGGGGGCACCUACUCCGCCUGCCAACGGAGACUGGGAGGGAAGCCUUCCUCACUAUCCUCCUCAUCCUCCCCCAGCACCAGUCCCAAACUGCAUGACCUGUCACCCACCACGCCCUUCUCCAAGUGCCUGUCAGCAGGCCCAUCCCAGUCUCCGAUCCCACAUGUCUCCAUCAUCCAGGAGAGUUCUGGAUGCUACCAGCCGCAAUCUGUCCUCUACCCACCCAGUAGUGCCUCAUCCUCACCAGGCUCACAGCCCUCCACCCCUGACACCAGCGGCCCGGAAGCCCCGUUCUCCCCCACCCACUGCCUAACGCCGCCCCAGCCCAUCAGUGGCAGCUCCAGCCCAGUGACCCAGUUCUCCAAAGUGCCAGAGAGAGGCAGCCGCUCGUCGAGCCCCACGCUGGCCAUUAACAUCAAACAGGAGCCAGAGGAACUGGACCAGAUGUACCUAGAUGAUGUUAAUGAGAUCAUCAGGAACGACCUCUCAAGCAUCUCUGUCCACAGUCAUGCGUAGCACCACUUUAAUCAUGGACACAGGAGGACUGAAGCAGAAGAAAGGGAAAUACCAUACUGUACCAAUAAUUUUUACAACGUCUGCAUGCUUGGACUACAGUAUGCAGGAAGCCAAAAAAACAACCAAGGGGAACAGAGAUUGAGCAUCUUGAAGAUUAUAAUCUAAUGUGUGCCUUUCAGAAGAUGCCGUUUCAGAAGAUUCACCAAUGUAUAAAAAUUGAAGAUGAAAUGAAAUGGCUGAUCUCUCAGAAAAUAAAAACAGGCGUACUAUGCAGCACUGCACCUUCCAGCCUCAACCCCAAUAAGUAUGCUUUUUAGUGGACCAAGAAUUUUUUUAUUUGUAUUUUUUUUUACUUCUGUCUGCAGAUAUUGUAAAUGAUUCAGUGCCUAAGUGUACAUUUUGUGUACAAUGCUUCAGAUUGUUUUGUGUAUCUGGCUUUCAAUGAGAUGAUUUCAUCCAUAAUAAGUGCCUUUGACUGGAAAUAGGAAAUGAUGAGAAUUAAAGGGCGACUGCACUUCCUGAUUUGGCCUUGUUUUUCAUCAAUGCUCAUAAAGAAAUGCUAGCGGAAUCACAACAAACAAACUAGCUUUGCUAUGGAGAGAACAACGUUUGAAGUUGAGGACUUCUCCCCUCCUGACUGACUCGACCUUCUCAAGAUGGUCAGCUAUUUCAGUUCUACAGUUUGUGUGAGCUUGUUUAGUCAAGCUGACAGCAGCUAGUGUAGCUUGGUGAUAGGAUAGCCAGCUGCAGCUAUCUAGCUAAUAUUUCUCUGUCAAAUCAGUUAUGCCAAGAUAGCAAGUGCCAGUGUCUGGAAUGUGUUUCAUAAGGCACUCAUUCUACAACACCUUGCUACGAAAGUAGCUUAGAACUUAGUUUCAGUGUUUCGUCAAGUCAUGUAAUGUAACAAAAUAUUCAAAAGUAACAAAAUAUGAUACAAAGUAAUAGAUGUGUAUAAUUGUAUAAUUUUAAUGCUGAGUGCAACGUCUCUCCCAAUUCAGACAUCAGUGUCAACUUGUCUUUCAGUCAGAGGACUACAUUUCAAAAGCAUCUCUUCUGCCGUUAUUUCACGGUUGAACAUAGCCAUAGCCAAUCCUGAUUCAUAGCUAAUUCACAAGGGACACGUGCCAGCAUGGCACUGACUGGUUGGCAUUACUCUCUGGGGCCCAGGAGUAGUCCAUUGGCACAGUGGAAGGGGCCACCUCCUUACAACAUACUAUACAUGGCACUCAUUGUAUUAUGAAUGGUGAUUAGGUGAAUUUCAGGACAGAUAGUAAUUUUGACCAUUGACCAGACCAAAUGUGACCUCCAUUACUCUGAAGCAGGACUGGUGCCUCACCACUGCCUCAGCCUUCUGUAACAGCUCCUAAUAUGGUAUGGGGUUACUCACGAAGCUGCUGAACAACAAAUCCACCUGGUUGUGUAUGUAGCCUGUGAAUGGAAUACAUCUCAUCACUGAAUGAUAUAGCGAGAAACAUAAGGUUCUCUAGUUUGUAAGUAAUUUAUAUGCUAAUAGAGGGACUGUAACUACGGAAUAGAUUCAGGCUGGUGACGCUGAUGCUAUGCAACCAGCAGUCUACAUUGCUGAAUGUUUACUGUUAUGUUUUGCUAUUUGCUGCCAGAGCCAUAGCUAUAUUUACAGUAGACAAGUGCCAUCCUACAUUUAUUUUUGCCCUAGAGCAUACAUGAUACACUUUUAUGAGAACAGGCAUGUUGUUUUGGGUUAUCAGACAAAGCCCCCGAAUGCUAGCUAGAGACCUAACUUGCAAAUCCGGGUUAGUUAUCAUAUUUUUUGUACGAGUUUCAAUGAAUUGGCUAGCUAGCUAACGUAACAUUAGCUAUGCAGUUCGAGUUCUAACAUGAUUGAAAACAAGCUGGCUACAUCCUAUGAUUGACUAAAAAGCUAGUAUCCAAGUGCUUGCCCUGUUAUUGACCCUAAAUGCCAAUGGGCUAUCUGUUGUUACCAAGGUAGCUAGCUAAUGUGAGCUAUGCACAUCUUCCUCUGACAUGCUAUACAUCACAUUGCACGUUAGAGUAAUGUAUUUAUCUAGUUACAGUAUCAUUCCCCUUUCAUCUGUGGUAUCACAGCUAGCCUGGCUCGCUAGCAUUAUCAAAUCAUGUUUUAUAAUAGGGUGUCCUGCCCAGGGUGGGUGAAAACGUGCUUUGGUGAUGAAAUUUCACUUCCUUAUGUUAUAAAAUACAUUUUACCAAGACAAAUAUGAUUACUUAUGUUCUGAAUCGUUCCAUGGGGUCUUUCUCUAACAUGAGUAACCUAAUACAUCCAAUAAUAAGCACCGAGCUCGGUUGACAUAGCGGUGAAUUAAAUAUUAAAAGCUUUGAAAAUAAAAUGCUUGGUAUAUGCUCAGUGACAUUUCACAGUUUGUUUUUGUGAGAAAUCGUAUUUAAAAAAAUGAAAAGCGUAUACUAAUAUUUGAAAAUAAUACAUGCCAUGUCUCAAAAUCAAUAUCCAUCUAUAUUGUUUAAUGUCCUGCGGAUUCGAGAAAAUAUAUGAUUUCAACAGGAAAGUGAGGUAGCCAGUAGCCUUAAUUCUUGCACAGAAUCCAGCCUAGAUGACAAUGCAAUUUUCUAAACUUUUGACCACUUUUUUUUCUCUGGCCUCCAUUGAUUUAGUCAUCCUAAUUUUGGCCAUCCUACAAGGGAAAAAACACCAAUAACUUUUGAACGGAUUGUGAUAGAGACAUGCAGUUUGAACCAUUGGUUUUAUUAAGAGGAUUAGCUACACAAUUAGCAACAGAAAUACAAUAGUCAAAAUAUGGCAUUUUUCACACCCUAUGUAUAACCAAAAAUAGCUACUAGAUAGCUAGUACCACUUAUCUAUUUAGUUAACAUUACUCACCAACACCAGUCGUUUGACAGUUGACAGGCAGCAGAAUUGACUGUGUCGGGUACAAUCUAUUCCUGGUAAUCUGGCAAUAUUGUUGAAAUGCAUUGGGAGUUUGCAGCAACUUUAUGGAAGCCUAUUUUCACUCCUGUUUGCUGAGCGAAACGUGCGUGUGUUGUAUCCAUAUGCAGACUUGACAUCAAAUGUCCACAUGGUACGACAACGUGUUGUCUCUAGGCAAUUGGGCAUCAUCUACAAAAGUGGCCAUGUAAGUAAUCCAUACCCAACCUCCUAGUAAAUUGUGACGAACGCACUUACAAUACUCUGUUUUGGACGAGACUGACUUUAUAAUAAAAAUUAUUCUAUUUACACUUUGCACUCUAUUUUGACACUAGAAUAAAUUUGACUCAUCGAUGCCACAUAGGCCAUUUAAAACCAGUGAAGUAGGUUCCAAGGGGCAGUUGACCUUUAAGCACUUGUUCACACUCACCAAUGAUAGCAUUACCUGCAUGUUCAAUUUGACUUUUGAUCUGUUGUUUAGUACAGCUUUGUAUGUUUGUGACUUGAGCCAUCUCUUCAUGUCACCCAAGGACUGAGAAAUGGCAUCAACAUUGAGUCCUUGAGUACAGUGAGUUAAAAGCACAUGCCUUAUAAAAGACAAAGACCUCAAUCUGCUCAGGUGUAUAUUUAUUUUAAGGAAAUACAACUAGGGCAAUGUGUUGGCUAUGUUGUCAAGAGGAUUUUGAAGAUAUUCAAGGCUAGUGCCUUUUGGAAAGCCAAAAUUUCAUCUCAAGUACCAGUGCUGCCUCUGUCCUGUUGGGACAAUGUAAUGUUUGCAUUUCACAUGCUUGAUUAGCCAAUAGUCAGCCUGUGAUAAUAACUCUGUUGCUUACUGGCCAAUGCUUGAUUUGCUUCUGCUUCAUAUGGUUGCCAUAUGCUAACUCAAAUGAAUUUCCUUUACAUAGUUAUUACAUAGUUGUGUAGUUCUUGUCUACAAGAUACUGAGGGAAAGAAUUAUGCUUGAAAAAAUAUGUGAAUGGGAUAGAGCAUAUACAGCAGGUUUUCGCCACACUAAUCAUGCCAUCCCUGAAAUUCAUUUUUUUUGGUUUCCCUUGUAGAAACAGUGGGGAAAUCUGGUAAUACGUACAUUAGCAAUCAUUAUUUUAUUCAUAUGAAAGGAAGAAAUCAUCUCACUUUGGUUAAAUUGUCAAUUAGAAAAUAAUUCCUGGAUACCUAUGCAAUAUGCUGGUAUAGCGUUUGUUUCUCAAAUAAUGUAUACAUUAAGACUGUAAUAGAAAAAGGUGUCUCUUAUGUACAUUUAUUAUUUCCUUUAAUCCAAAGAAUUGGUAACAAUGGUGAAAAGCAAUAUUCUCAUGUAGGAGAUCCAAAACUUUUUCUAUAAGUAUGUAUUUAUUCUUAUAGCAUGUACUUUGUUUAUUCAAGUGUUUCAUGUAGCUCCUCAUAUUACCAAAUGGUUAACUAUAUAAUACACUACAAUAUAUAGUAUUCUAAGAUUCAGUCUGUAGAAUGCACAAUAGUUAGACUGAAUACAUGCUAAAUAAUCAAGAUUUUUGCUUCAUUGUAUCAUUAGCUCGCAUAAGUUCCCUUAUUACAACUGCAUUUAUUUCCGCUCUUUUAUAUUAAGUCUUAAUCCAUGAAUUUAAAGGAAAUUAACAAAGCCAUGAAGCCAUGUUUACUGAAAAGUUGACUAUUAUAUUGUUCAGAUAUGCAGAUUAAUUGUUCACAGUUUUUUUUUGUGGGCUCCAAUUCUGCUUCAUGUACUGUAUGUAUUGUCAUUAAUAAAUACCUUCUUUUGAAUGCUA